AAUGGAAGGACUUCUGACAAAGAAAUUGCUACUAAACGAGAACCUCUGUUCAAGCAUACUGCCUUAUUACGGCAAGAGGCUGCAAUGAGCAGAGUUAUUUGGACGACUGUGACAAGAGACAAAGAUGUUCUGGGAGGAUAAUAUCUUUAUAUUCCUGUUCUCGAUACUGAGAGACCAGAGAUUUGAGUCAGAUCUGUAUCUUAAUGACCUAUUUGAUGAGAGUUUUUAUAAAUUUUUGAAGAAGAAUAAGUACCUGAUGCUGUACUGAAGGCUUCAUUGUAAAGCACAAAUUGCUGACAACUAUAAAUGGCUUCUUGAGCUUAUUAGUUUUGCUAAAGAAGUUGAAGAAGAUCUUAACUCGAAAUAUAAAAAGAGUCUUAAAGAAGAAAGUAAAGAAACAGUGGGCCAUAGGCCAUUUAGGGCUAAUUUUGCACAAAUAGAAUGAUUUGUCACUCUUAAAUCAGCUGGAACUUACUAUGAAUUUGUGCAAAGCUAUUUAGCUAAUGGCUAUGAUUUUGAUCUUAUCAACACCACUCUAAAUAUUAUCUCAAUGCAUCAAGGAAACGCUAAAUAAAGAAUUACCUGAGGAAAUUUCCUAUCUGGAAAACAUAGAACAUAGUAGAUACAAGAUAAGCUUAAAUGAGAUAAAAGAGUUCAAGCAAGAAGCCAGAGAGGUUGAAAACUCUUAUAAAUUUAAACAGCUGAGAGUCACCAUCAAAGAUUUCAACGAGGAGGAGGAAGAACUUAUUGAAAUUCUUGAAUAUACCAGGAAAAUGUUUGACAAUGCAGAAGAAAUCACAUGGAUCAUUCACCAUCUGUACAUUUUAGAAUCUAUUCGUCAUUUUAUCACAGAUUUUGAAAGUAAAACAAUACAUUUCAAAUUUCAGCAUGAGAAGGUCCCAGUCUAUCGCAGUGAGGCAUUUGAAUUAGAGAUUGAAGAAAAAGAGCAAUUUGCUGUUAAACUUUAUGAUCCAAUUUAUGACCGUGCAUACAGAAUAAAAACCAACAAGCUCUCCUUAAAAGCUCAUCUUCCGCUUAUCUUUUCCCAAGAUGAUCAUGCAGUUAUACCAGUAUCAUCUGACUUGAGCUUCACAAACCCAAGCAUAGAAGAAGCUAAAUUUAUGAUUGAUGAUAUGCCUGCUUUAUCUCUCUAUAAAAUCUCUUCUCAUUUCACAGACAAUGUCUGAAUUGUUGUAAAAGCUCCUCAACUUUUGGCCUCACAAAAUUAUUUUACCACAAACUGUCAGCUACUUAGUUGGAAGAUAAGCUCUUUAUAUUGUUGAGGUUUGGAUGAGAUAAUGGGUAUCAAAAAUGAUCCGAAAGCAAUCUUGCUCUUCAAACCUGAGCACAUAGCUGAAAAGCCGAGAUUUAAUAAAUUAUUUUUAUAUCGUUUCGGCUCAGAACCAGAACCAAAAUCAGAACCUAUAAGUAUAAGUGCCACAUUAGACUAUUGAAAGGAAAACAAAAUCCCAAUCUCCUUGAGAUGUCUUUGGACUCCCCCAGAAGACAAACUAAGCGUGAUUAGGAAAGCUUUUGAGUGAAGGAUUACUGAGUUUUCAUAUGGUCUAUCAUUCUCCGACCUUCAAACCUCUAGAGAGCCUGCACCUUCAGCUGAAUAUAGUGGCACAUCGCAACAUCAAGAGAUGCUGCAAAGCUUUAUUGAUGUAUUAUGUGAAAGUCUUAGUAAAAACAACACACUUUUGAGGUUAGAAUUUGCAACUGAUUUUAAAAUAAAAACCUACAAGGUAACCAAGAUGUCCCAAUAUGAACAAAUCUUCAACAGUUUGGAGAACAAUUAUACAAUUAGAGAAAUCAACCUUGAGGGUGGAAUCAAGACUGAUCAUUAUAUUGACCAGAUGGCUUUAGAGUUUAUGAAGAAACGUCCAGGUGUAGAUAUAAUGCUCUAUUCAGAUCAUCCAGCUUUGAGCAAUCAGAGGAAAGCUCUGCUGAAGAAUCUUUAAUCAAGAUGUAAUUCAACCAAUAA